UAAUCACUUAUUAUAUUUAACCCUAACUCCAAUAAAUGAGCCCCAGUAGUUUAAAAGCCGAUCAAAAAUGUGCGCAAGUACAUUUGGCAACUCAAGGACGUUAUUAUAUGGUUAAAACAAUAAAAAUAUACUGCCUUUUGUUGGAUGGAAAAUCAAGUCGCUCAGCAAUUCAAGUGGGCCGCAAAAACAAAGCAGUUUAUAAUGUAUUUGUAUACAAUCAAAACAUUCUGAAGCCAAAAUCACUAGAUACCAUUUUCCUUCUAUUAACUGAUAUUUCGCCUCAGAACUGUAUUCUUCAUCUACCUCAUUCCUGUGUCACCUCUAACGAGUUGACAUUUCUUUCCGAGACUCUCAUACAAGAGUAGAGUAUAAGUUCUCAGAUGGGAGGUUACAUUUUCGAAAUUCUCAUUCAGACUAAGAAUGCCAUUUAUAAUUGAAACGUUUCUUAUACUGACUCAUAUU